ACGAGUGCAUGGCGUUCUACUGGCGCGGCGACCAGCUGUUUACAAAGAAGACUGAGAUGGCGGAGCCGGCGCGACGGUGCCGAGUGGACGACGUUCUUGAUGCAGCUGCGGGACUGGCCCGUCGCAGAUUCCGGAUCCCGAGACCUUCGGCAGGUUCCUGGCCACGUCGCUUGGCGUUCACGGCGAACCUGAUGGAUGUGGAGGUCAGGAUCGACGACGUGUCUGUGAUCAGACUGUCCAAGCGGGUCUCAGGACCCAACACCGCUGACGUUGCGGACAUCGUCGUCGGGGAUUGUUUGGUGCUAUCACAACCGACAAGUACCACCUGCGCACGCCCGAGGGAAUCCUGUCGAUUCAGUCGGUGGAUACCAGAAUCGUGCAGAUGUCGUGCGACUACGUGCGCCGCAAGCCAAAGCCGCGCAAUGUGGUCGUGGAUGCCGUCAACGAUGCCAUUGGGAAGACUAUUGAGACUGCGUCGGCAGUGGUGGGCAGCGGGCUGGGCAGUCUCCUGUCCGGGUGGGCCAGCUCAUUCCGGCGCAAGGCGGCCAAAGCAGAGCCAGUCGAGUCGCCCAAGCCCGCCAGCACCCCGCGGCCAGAGGUCGCCGAGGAGAUUGAGCUCGAGGAACGCUCCGAGUUCCUGUUCCUCAAGAUCGCCGAAGCAUCGACCAGCUCGCACGUCAGCGCGGCCAUGAACAAGCAGAUCGAGCGGGCGACCAAGAAGUUUGCACCCAAAUCUACCGAUAUCCGCGUUAUCUGGAACAGCCUGGCCGAGCAUGAGGCUCUGGAGUCGUCAUCGGAUGGGCAGACCAGCUCAGUGUUCUCGCAGCUCAUCUCGUUUCCCUCACAGGGUCGGGUGUUCAUCGGGUUCCCGACGCACCAGACGACCGGCUGCUGUGCGCAUCUGGCAGCGGCUCUGAUUCCGACGGUCGAACGCGAGUCGAUUGAUUUCGUCGACCCGGCGCUUGCCACGUGGAACAAAGGAGAUUCUGGCGGCCUUUGCCAUCCUCUGCCGCGUCCUAUACGACUACGAAGUGGCAGCAUUGGCGCAGAACCCGCGCAUUCUGGAAAACCCGGACUCCCUCAACCGGGCAGUGCGCUCGAAUGCCCAUGCCCUGCGGUUCUUCACUCCCGCACAGCACCACGCCCAGCCCGCAUGUCGGUGGGCUGCUCCGCCAGAUCUUCUUUGCCUGCGGCAAGCAGCCGUUGCAGCUGAUGACCAGCGUCGGGCUGCGCGAUGCUGACAGCGUGCGGUCGUCCAGCAGUUUGAGCAUGGCCGGGAUUCUGCGCAUGACGCCGCUGCUGCCAGAGUCCAUCGAGAAGGAGGCUGGCGAGAUGAUUGCCAUACUGCGCCAGUUCGGGUACCUGAAGGCAGUGUCUAUUGAUGACG